GUCAUCAAGUCGCGACAGCCAUUCUCUCCAGUCGGUGGAGAGUCAGGAGAAGAACAAACCUGGCGGUAGUCGGAGAGCCUGUGAACGGGCUAAUCACUCACAACCGAGCCGCUGUUUGCUCUCUGUGGACGUGUUUCCUCUCUUGCGAUGGUCGGACGGUUCCACAUGUCGCCCAGUAACAGAACAGAGUCAAAGGAUCGACCAACACUCACGUCGGUGUGGACACAGCGGCUAACGCUAGCAGGGUUUUACUAGCCCCGCUAACAUUGCACGAACUUGCCUUGCAGAGGCUAGUUAGCUCCUCCGGCUAACGCGCUAGCUUCUGUUAGUUCGGGUGCACACACACACUUGACUUGCCGCUGGUGGGAAACCAAGACACGGAGGAGAGGAGCGUCUCACCUCGCCGCGUUAGCUCCAGCAAAACUCCUGGAGGAUAUUUCUGUCUGGAUACACGAGCAGGAGGAACUACAGGAGAGGCCUGCUGUCUUUGUUCAUCCCCACACUUCUGAGCCUCCCACCUUCCACCUUCACUGCCCCCGGCUCAGUCGGUGGCUCAGCAUCACUUCAAAGAGGAAGGUCUGCGGUGCUGCAGAUAACACGCUGUACCCCAAAGCACCGAGGAGCCUUUUUUCCAGAGCCCCUCUGCAGUCCCUCCACUGACAGAAAAGAAUAAUCUCUUAGAGUCGGACCUGGAGCGGAGAAGACCAAUUGUGGCCUGAACAAAGACAGACAGAGAGAACUAAUGCCAAGCCCUUCUCCUCCUCAGACAGCCUAGCGAAGGUCCAGGAGGUAGCAAGCUGGCUUUUGGAAAUGAACCAGGAUCUGCUGUCGGGGGGCAGCAGCAGCAGGCGGAGUCGGGGGCCGGGGGGUCCGGCAGUGCGAGGUAACGCCUCCUCCACGGCCCGGGCACCCCAGCAGGCAGCAGAGGAGGGUGAUGAGGAUGAGCACAUGAACCGGGUGGUAGAGGAGGAAGAGCAGCUGCAGCAACGGCCUGAGGCGUCGCAGGUUGACGGCGAGAGAGAACAACCAUGGGCACCAAGUGAAUCGGGAGCCAGCAACGGCCCUCGGGGAGAGGAGGAAGGGGAGGAAGGGGAGGAGGGUCCGCCAAACGAGGUGAACGGAGGAGAGAAAGGAGCCCGAUGGCUGUGGGGGGCCGAGCAGAGGCGACUACGAGGCCAGCCGCUGGGCGAGGAGGACGAGGAGGAGGAGGAAGAGGAGGAGAACAACAACAGCAGCGGCCACCAAGAGGAGGAGGAGGCGGAGGAGAGGACAGAGGGAGGGGAGGAGCAGGGACGGGAGGAAGAGGAGAGGGAAGAGGGCGAGGAGGAAGAGGAGGAGGAUGAGGACGAGGAAGAGAUGGACCAAGACAGUGACGACUUUGAGCAUUCUGCGGAGAGUGGGAGGGAGGAGGAGGAGGAGGAGGAAGGAGGAGAGAGGGAGGAAGGGCUGCGCUCUCCCUCUCUCAGGAACAAUGUGUCGGCCCCCAAUAACAACCUGGACUCGGGUUGUACUCACCAAAGCUCUUCCAACAAGAAGAUGAAGAGAAAGUUGGACCAUGGCCCAGAGGUCCGAUCCUUCCCUUCAGGAAAAAAGCCCUGCAAAGGCACGGAGUAUCCGAGCCCGACGGGAAUCGUCCCAUGUCCGGCCACACCCACCACAUUUGGCCACAUUAGAACCAACUGUCAGGGGCAGCAGAGACGGCGCAUCACCUCAAUCCAGCCACCCACGGGUCUCCAAGAAUGGCUCCGAACAUUUCAGAGCUGGACUGGCCCAGAGAAGCUGCUGGCGCUGGAUGAGUUGAUUGACAGCUGUGAGCCCACACAAGUCAAGCAUAUGAUGCAGGUGAUCGAGCCGCAGUUUCAGCGAGACUUCAUCUCCCUGCUGCCCAAAGAGCUGGCUUUGUACGUGCUGUCGUUCCUGGAACCGAAGGACCUCCUUCAAGCAGCCCAGACGUGUCGCUACUGGCGCAUCCUGGCAGAAGACAACCUGCUGUGGAGGGAGAAGUGCAGGGAAGAAGGCAUCGAUGAGCCUCUGCCCCUCAAGAAGAGGAAAAUCGUCAAGCCCGGCUUCACCCACAGCCCCUGGAAGAGCGCCUACAUCAGGCAGCAUAGAAUAGACACCAACUGGAGGAGAGGGGACCUCAAAUCACCCAAGGUGCUGAAAGGUCAUGACGACCACGUGAUCACCUGCCUCCAGUUUUGUGGCAACCGCAUCGUCAGCGGCUCUGACGACAACACGCUCAAAGUUUGGUCGGCCAUCACAGGAAAGUGUCUGCGUACGUUGGUGGGCCACACAGGUGGCGUGUGGUCAUCCCAGAUGCGGGACAACAUUAUUAUCAGCGGCUCCACUGAUCGCACACUCAAGGUCUGGAACGCAGAGACAGGCGAAUGUAUCCACACCCUCUAUGGGCAUACCUCAACAGUGCGCUGCAUGCACCUACAUGAGAAAAGGGUGGUCAGUGGCUCUCGUGACGCCACGCUGCGCGUCUGGGACAUCGAGACGGGUCAGUGUUUACACGUCCUCAUGGGCCACGUGGCGGCCGUGCGAUGCGUCCAGUAUGACGGGCGGCGGGUGGUCAGCGGUGCCUACGACUUCAUGGUGAAAGUUUGGGACCCUGAGACGGAGACGUGCCUCCACACGCUGCAGGGCCACACCAACAGAGUGUACUCGUUACAGUUUGAUGGGAUCCACGUGGUGAGUGGCUCCUUGGACACGUCUAUAAGGGUCUGGGACGUGGAGACGGGCAACUGCAUCCACACGCUGACGGGGCAUCAGUCCCUCACCAGCGGCAUGGAGCUCAAAGACAACAUCCUGGUCUCGGGAAACGCAGACUCCACUGUCAAGAUCUGGGACAUCAAGACGGGCCAGUGUCUGCAAACACUGCAAGGUCCCCACAAGCACCAGAGCGCCGUGACGUGCCUCCAGUUCAACAAGAACUUUGUCAUCACCAGCUCGGACGAUGGCACCGUUAAACUGUGGGACCUGAAGACGGGCGAGUUCAUCCGAAACCUCGUCACUCUGGAGAGCGGCGGCAGCGGCGGUGUGGUGUGGCGCAUCCGGGCCUCCAACACCAAGCUGGUGUGCGCGGUGGGCAGUCGCAACGGCACAGAGGAGACCAAGCUGCUGGUGCUGGACUUUGACGUGGACAUGAAGUGAGAAGGGAGACGCGGUUGGGGGGAGGACGAAGAGAGCGAAACCGCGGAGAGGAAGGAAAAGAGAGGGGGAUGUGGAGAUGAGGCACCUAGAAAAACCGGAAGGCCAAAGCCCAGAACUCUUCACCCCAAACUCGCAGAAUCUACAACCACCACCACUGACAGUGGGCCGUCCUGUCCUCCACCAUCAACUCCCCCGUCCCCCUUUGGGCAAAUGUUACUGACAGAGCCACAGACCCUCACAAGUGUUCAGCCCCCGUUUUCGACCCCCUAACCACCAGCUCGCGGUGGAGUCGGAGGGGAUCGGGCUGGAAACGAGGCGGCGGGGCACCACCGGUCCGUCCCCCUGAUUGGCCGGGAGAAAGAACAGAGGAAGAAAAGGAACGACUGACGACGACUGAACUCUUUUGAAGCGACUCUCAACCCUUUCGGUUCGGGGUCCGCUUCGCACAGAGACUUGGUUUCGCUCAAGCCUGACAGAUUUUGAGAUGUACAGAGAUAUAUUAUUUUUUAAAGACCCCCCACACACACACACACACACACACACACACACACACACACACACACACACACAAACCCUUCUCCCCCCAUCCCAUCAGCGCGCAACCACCCAUACACACACACACACACACACACACACACACACACACACACACACACACACACACACACACAUACACUCAAACGGCCAACCAGGAAAGUGGAAAACAUUCACUGUAGGAAAAGAUUGAGGAAGGUGGGAGACAUUUAAAGGUAAAUUUCCACACAUAGUCGCACCUAAAGAGCUGCUUGUUGAAGAGGAGAGCGAGCGAUUGGAGGGUUCAGCCUGUAAUCAGGCUCGUUUCUUGUCACUCCAUUUCCGUUCUUAUUGUCCUCCACUCGAUUUUCUGUAGUUUUCUUUACAAUAUCGCACACAAACACAACUGUGAAUUUCAAUACGUUCUUGGUUUAUCAUAUGAAAGGGGUUUCACUCAUGUUUUUUUUUUUUUUUUUUGUAUUUCUUUGCGGUUGCCAACAGCAACAAAUCCCAGUAUUAGAAACCUGCUCUGUUUAGGUUUGCUGUCAUUAUGUCACAAGGGUUGUUUUUCCCGUCUUUUUAUUUGAGUUGUUUGUUCUUCCUUUCUUUUUUUUUUUUCUACAUACCUGAGUUUGUCGCUCAGUCUCCACAUAAACAUCAGUGCUGUCCAGAGUUUUUCAGUCUAGCUGGGGUGGUUUUCUCAGUUCCAGUGCUGUGAAGAGAAGAAGUAGAGGUUCUUUGCUCUAAGCGCUGUGGAUUAAUGCCCCCGAACCCCCCGGCCCCUUCCCCUCUACUGUUUUCUCCCAGUGGCCAAACUGUAUUUAUGCUGCUAGAUGAAUGGAAAAAAGAGAGAGAUGGAACUUUUACUUGCUGUGACGUUUUAGUCCCAGGCAAAAUUCCAAAUUGAACUCUAUAUGUUUGGACUUUAAGGAACAAAAGAUCACAAAAGAUAACAUCCGACAUUUUUGUUUUAUUUUGUUUGUUUUUGCCACUGAAACUUGAGCCAAACGUGCCUCUACGAGGCUGAGAGGAGGGAGCGCGUCCGACAGAUACUGACGGGAUCGCCUGCAGAGAGGAAACAAGGGGGAUGUACACUGUUGGCGUGUGUGUGUGUGUGCGUGUGUGUGUGUGCAUGAGUGCGUGUGUUAGCGUGUUAAUGGGCAACUUGUAAACACAUUCCUUGGGACAACGCUCUCUCAGCCUGUUCUUUGGGGAAAUGUACAAAUGCUGUGUGGACUGGCAAAGAAAAAAAAACUAGCAGAUGUAUCGAUUUUAACACGUGAAUGAAAGAACUGUCCGUAUCAGUGUGUGAUUGUUGUUCAAUUCAAAGAUGUCUGAAGCAACAGAGGAGACCAUCACAAGCAUCAACUGACAGGUCGAGCUGCCAGGAGUCUUAGUGUUACAUUGUGCUGCGGUUAAAAUCCUCCGCGGCGGCUGCUCUGUGGCGGUCGCAGCCUCGAGGAUUUUCAGUGGGGAAAAAUAAAAACACAAAGGCAACAAGCGUGAACAGAAACAUUGUAGCCAAACGAAAUAUCGUCUCAAUCUCCAAGAGUCACAACUCAAGCUGAACUGUGAAAGUGGUAUAACACUGUAUAUUAAAAAAGAAAAAAAAGAAAACAAUCUUGCUCUAUCUCCUCUCGUUGUUUUCUCCCUCUGUUUUAAUUUAUGAUCUGGUUUGAGAAAUCAGAUUUGUUGCAGGUGUUUUAUUUUUUCAGUUAAUGUAAACUGCCUGGCAAAAAAGAAAAACAGACAGAAAAAACCUUAAAGGGAUUGUGUAUUUGUUUGAUUCACUUAGAAUUUUAUUUUCUUAUAACUUAAGUGCAAUAAAAUGUGGGUUUUUCUUUUUUCAUUUCAAGCAUAUCGGUUGUCUGUUUUUGUUACCUGUGUGAAGGCAUCUUAUAUGUUCAAUAAAGCAAAU